GGAAGAUUUUCAUUAACAGUUCUUGUCUCUUGAUUAAUUUCGCGCUUAUUAAUGUAUUUCGGGUAGACCUAAAGAUGAGAAAAUAUGACGCGGUGAAAACGUUUAUAUACUGCCAUUCCCUCGUAGCUCAUUCAUUCAGCACUGAUUUGUCAAAGAAAUCUUGUCGAGGGAAAUCAUCUGAGUACAAAGGAACAUACAAGAGAAACCUUGGUACAGGCACCACUGUUGAGAGGCAGUGCUAUGCUGCUACAAGGGUGCUAUGCCAGGCAGGGUCUCUCAUGUCUCGUGUGAGAACUUCAUUAUCCCUAUCAAGCAAAGUGCCACGCUACACAAUUUACGUUCCACAAAGAAAACACGGUAAUCAUAACAUAAUACAGGGCGAUCCAAACGUCAAGACACGUCGGUAAUAUAGUUUUUGUUUGUUUUUCUUUUGCAGAAUGAGUAUGAAUAAAAAAAUGGUACUAUUCAGUUAAUGCGAGGAGUGAUCACACAGGCAGACAUUGAAUAAAAAUAUGAAAAAAAGAUACCUUUUCCUUGUGUCCAGUCUUUUGGCUCCAUCUCCCUCUCACCACACUUGUCUCAGCGCUGUGAGCUGAGCCGUCUCCUCCACUACAAUAACAAUAGGCAAGAUAAGGACAAGAAAGACAGAAGAAAUGGGGAUGAGGAAGUUAAUUUUUGUAGAAAAAGGAUCGCGGAAGGAUCGAGCAACACCUGAAGCACUUCAAGGAAACACAAUUCCGAGAAAGGUUGAAAAAGCAGAUUCAGAAGGAAUAUCGUGGGUCAACCAUGCUCUGGAUUUUGUUGGUGCAGAUUUGGAGAGAUGCAAACAGGCACACCAUCAACCAACACAAAUGGAAAAUGCACAAAGAAAUCUACAGGAGUUACAGAGUAACCUGCUGAUAGAACUUGAGAUUCUAGUGGGUAGUAGAAGAGCAGAGAAACUCUACCGAAACCAUGUGUGCCGCAAACACUUCCUGAUGGUGUAUGGGGAGGGAGAGAAGGAGAAAAGACUGGUAGACAAGUUGAAGAGAUGCCUGAGAAAUGAAGGAGAGGAGGUGGAAGGUCCGUGGAGCAUUUUUUAUGGACAAGAUAUAACAAAUGGUUGGCAGAGACUAUCAAAUAAUGCAAAGGCAGUGGUGGUACUGAUGUCUCCUACACUCUUUCAAGAUAAUCGACUGUGCAGAUAUUUAUCGGAGAUGUGGCAUUCUCACCAAGACACUAUUAUGCCACUCUUCCUAGAGCCACUGACUCCCCACAACUUGCCUUCAAGCUUGGCUUUUCUUCGACAAACAAAUGGCAGAAAAGUGUCAGAGAAUGACUGGAAUCCACACUCAUUCAUCACAUCCCUGCUACAGCAAUGCAGUCGUCUUAGAUGCUUUUGCAUGGAAAUAUCAUCUCUGGAAGCCCUUGUGAGUGAGCUCCAGGACAAUCCUGAUUAUGUGUGUCCUUGUGGUACAUGUUAAGGUCAUUCUGUCUCCAUCCUCUUUGGCACUGUGGUGUUUGUACUCUUCCUUUUCCUUGUACAUAUUUGUGAUACUGUACCUAAUCUGUAGCACUAAACAUGGGCAGACAGACUCCAUUUCUAGAACAUUCAUGGUUGUUGAUUGAGAAGAUUUAAAGAUUAACCUUUUUUUCCCUUAAUGAUAAUUUUAGUAGAGAUGCAUAUUAGGCUUUCUUAAUGUAUACAUCUAGCAAGUGAAAGUAUUAUAACGUAGAACUGGAGCAGCAGUACUCGUUCAAUACAGCCUACUAGCUCACGAGGAAUACUUCACUGGGGUGUGUAAGAGGCCUUAUUUUGUACACAGAUAAAUAAAUAUAAGUGUUAAUACCGUACAUGUGCAAGACUCACAAUAAAUAAAUGAAUAAAAUAAAUAAAAAAAUUAGACCCAAGAGCAUAUUGAUCAGCCAUGGCUAAUAUUAAGAUUAUAUAUACACAUUUAUUUGUUGGUAUGCAAUGGCAAGGUAUACUUUCACUCACUCAUUUGUGCAUUAGCAUGUUUGUGAAAAUUUUUUUUUUAGGUUCUGAACUUCUGAAUAAUUGUUAUAGUGUAUUUUGUAACAAUACACAUGUGCAUGUACAUGCAUGGAGCAGGGUUGGCUGUGAUAACAUGUCUAUUCACAGAUGACAAUGUUGCUUGCAGAGAGAAAGGGAACUUCAGAGUGGAGAAUCAGCUUUAAAGUGUGUGCAUGAGAUGGAAGGUGAAGGUGAACACAUGGAAAGAUAUGGUGAUAAUUUUUUGAAAGGAAGGAAAUGGAGGUACAAGAGUGUGUGGUGGGCAACUGAAUGAUCUGAGUGAGGCAUGUGGAGUGACAAGAUGGCAGGGGGGAAAGCCAUGAAACAUACGCAAGAAGUAUUGUGUGAGCACCUGUGUUAAUGGACAGUGUGGAGUGGUGAAAUGGGUGAAAGAAAAGAGACUGACUGAAAUGGUCUGGCCAUAAUGAAGGCAUGACAGGUGCAGAGUUUGUAAAAAGAAGUAUGUAAGUGAAAUAAGGAGAGGAAUUAUAUCAGGACACCUGGGAAAUUUGUUCACAAAGACACCUCCAAAAAUUAUAUUUAAGGAAAGAAAAGAAAAAAAAAUUCAUUGUUAAAUAUUAAUUCAUAUAUUGAUCUUCAAAAUAAACUUUUACUGCCAGUCAUGUCAAUAUCACUGUCUCUACCUUGCCACAAAUGCCUGCUUGAAAUGUGUAAUACUCUAAAAAAGACACUGCAGUAUUGUGCACAAAGGAAAAACAAACAGGCAAGUGUAUUUUUCCUCUUGAAUGUGGCCCAUCAAAUGUAUGCAUGCAACUCUGAACCACACACAAACACACACACACACACACACACGCACACACAUGCACAGCUUUCAACAUAUACCCUCAAACUGUAAAGUAUCUCAGUAAAUGCUGUUUCAAAUCUGUUCUGAAAGGAAUAAAUAUACUAAAUGUUCUCUUCCUUACUUUGCUCAGUGUCAUCCUAAAACACUUGCUGAAAUCUUGAAAUAAAAGACAUAGUGGUCCUCUGCCAACAGCAGGAUAUAUUUUAGCAAACCAAGAGUAGUUAUCUUGGUCAAUGAAUGAUACAUACCUAUGUAUGUUACUGUGUAUUGUUUUCCAGACUAGGGAUGCAACUAUGAAUUAUCAUAUUGAAGCUUCUUUCAUUCACCCUUGAUCACAGCUGUGCUCAGAAUGUACCCAUAUAUAUCUAGGGAGAUCUCAGUGCUACACUUUUGCUGGUGAGCACACAUUACAAGCAACUGUACCACAACAAGCGGACAGCUGAAAAUGUUCCUUGUGGUGUAUCGUUUCCCACUUUUUUGUCUUUAAUGAAAACAAAACUUAACAAGUGUUAGUUAUUUAACAGUAUUAGUUAUUUUAGAAAAUGUGCAUUGAAAUUAUGAAUAAAUGUUAUCCUAGAACCUGA